CUCGGUAAUCGAGCUUCAUUUUGAGAAGAGUACUGCAUUGGGAUAGAAAGAUAGAUAGAGAUAACAACACACCUCUGAAGUUGUGUACUCUUAACUUAUCACCACCGCUUCGCACAUUCAAGAAUUUCAAUGGGAGAGGAAGAAAAGAAAGAAGAGAAAGUAGAGGAAGUGAAGAAAGUAGAGGAAGCAAAGAAAGAAGAAGUUAAAGAAGAGAAGAAACAAGAUGACAAGAAAGUAGAUGAAGAGGCGGCGCCGGCACCGCCGCCGCCGCCGCCGCCAGUGAUUGUGUUGAGAGUUUACAUGCAUUGUGAAGGUUGUGCUAGAAAAGUCAGAGCAUGUCUCAAAGGAUUUCCAGGAGUUGAAGGUGUUGAAACUGAUUGCAAGAGUCAUAAGGUUGUAGUGAAGGGAGAGAAAGCAGAUCCAAUCAAAGUACUCGAGAGAGUUCAGAGGAAAAGCCACCGUCAAGUUGAGCUUCUGUCUCCCAUUCCUAAACCUCCGGAGCCUGCAGCGGAGGAGCCUAAGGCAGCCGAGGUUAAAGAAGCUCCCAAACCCGAAGAGAAAAAAGCAGAGCCUCAGGUAAUUACAGUGGUGUUAAAAGUACACAUGCAUUGCGAGGCCUGUGCUCAAGAAAUCAAGAAACGCAUUAUGAGGAUGAAAGGUGUUGAGAAUGCAGAACCGGAUCUAAUAAAUUCGCAAGUAACCGUGAAAGGAGUAUUUGAGGCACCGAAAUUAGUGGAAUAUGUGUAUAAGAGAACAGGUAAACACGCUGUGGUUGUGAAGCAAGACCCCCCUGAGAAAAAAGAAGAUAAAGAGGAGAAGAAAGGCGACGAAGGUGGGGAUAAGGAUAAGGAAGCAAAGAAAGGCGAGGAGGCAGUGGGUGAUGGAAAAGAAAAGAAGGAAGGUGGUGGCGAGGAGACAGCAAAACCCGAUGCUGCCGCUACCGCUGUUGAACAAUCAGAGGAUGCACAAGUAUUGGAUAUGAAGAAGCAUGAGUUCUACUAUUACCACCCUCAGAGCUAUCAUAUGUAUCCUCCAACAUUCACUGCAGAAUCGUACUCAUCAACCUCAUAUCCACCUGCUCCUCAAAUGUUUAGUGAUGAGAACCCUAAUGCAUGUUCUGUUAUGUAAAUUCAAAGGAAUGCGAGGGACAAAAUGGGAAGAGGAUGGGGGUGGUGCACAUGGCCAUCACUAUUAUUCUUGUUGCUCACAUACCCUGUUAUGCUCUGCAUGUGGCCUUGUCUGAGGUAUCUCUUGUCUUGGUAUAAGUCUGCUGGGAAAGGGAAGGUGUAUAAUAUUUUCGAAAUUUUGUACUCUUUUUCUGCUUAUUAUAAUCCUUGUUACAUAAACUACAAACUAGUCUAAUAUGCUUAUAAUAUAAUCUAAUGUAAACUAUAGUUUUAGUA